AUGAAUCACAACAAUAAAAUCAAGAGAAAACAUCAACAAUCAAAAAUAAUCCCCAAAUAUCCAGGACAAAAAAUAAAAUAUUUAUUGAUCUAUCACAGCGAGACACAAAGAGAUGGGCGGGGCGGGGAUGGGAGAUGCUGUGAAGUACAGUGGCUCGAGGGAGGGACGGGGGAUACAGUACUGCGUGGGGGGACCCCGGUUCGGGAGGAGACUCCUGCCGCCCCCGCUGGCACAGCCCCUCACACCCUGGGCCCCUUUGUAGGGGUGUGUGUGGUGGGGCCAAGGCAGGGCACAUGCUGCCAUGACAGAUGA